AUUCCACGCUGACAGUACUAUCUUCUGGCACUAUCUUAAAAUCAAGGAAGAGUAAUUUUUAAAAACAAUUCUGAGGAUAUCAGGGUUUUAGAUUUUGCUAACAUAAAUUGUUUAAAUAAUGAAUGUCUAAAAAAUAACAAUAAAUAUGAAGUGGAACAUUGAUACUUGAAUUUUCUUCUUCACAUAAUACAGAAAAAAAAUUACUUUUCAAAAUUCUCUUUUUUCUAUUUUUAUAAACAAGGUAAAACAUAACAAUCAUAUUUUGUUUAUGCAAAAUUGCAGAAUUAUUUCCAGCUACUUAACAUUCUAAACAUUUAUUAUCAGUGGAUAUACGACUUCAAAAUGGUAAUUUUUUAUUUUCGUAAAAAUUUGUAAAACAAAUAAGUAGUCCAUAAACUACAUAGCAUUUCAAGGUAGAGGAGAAUGGGUCAAGAUAUUUCCUAUGAUCAGCAAAAAAACUGGCGCCAAUAAAUAUGUAACAGUGUGCUACAUAGGAAGGGGUGGGGUGUUAAAUUUAAAAAUAAAGCAGCUACGUAGUUUAUAAAAGACCACAAAUCCCCAAUCAAGAAUAUUAAAAGAAAUUCAUUUUAAAUAUAUCAUUUUCAUCAAACAGACCAGAAUAAAAAAAUUAUUUUUCCGUUCAAUUAAAAUAGUAGUUCACUCUUAAACAAAGUUCUCAAUAGUUAAUUCAAUAUCGAGAAAAAUAGAAAUUCUAAUAGCAUUAUCAAGAGGAGAAAUAAAUAAGAAAUGGAACCAAAAAUGACGGGAGAUGAAAUUGUGAUAUCUGGCAUAGCUGGAAGAUUUCCGAACAGUGAUAACAUCAAAGAAUUGCAGAAGAAGCUUUUGAAUAAAAUAGACUUUAUUGAUGAAAGAAAUGAUCGUUGGCAGAAUAUUACAGAAAAUCUCAAUAUUCCGAAGCGGAUAGGGACAUUAAAUAAUAUUGACAGUUUAGAUUGUACAUUUUUUGGUAUUCAUGGAAAAAUGGAGGAUUGUAUGGAUCCAAUGUUAAAAAUAUUAAUAGAAAUAACAUAUGAGGCUAUUAUUGAUGCUGGAAUUAAUCCAAAGAAUUUUCGAGGAAGUAAAACGUCAGUUUUUACUGGGAGCAUGACGUCAGAGUCAGAGAGAUCAGUUUUUUCGAAAAAAUUUUGGGUAAAAUUUAUAUUUUUUCAUAGAAGGAUUAUAUUUUUAAAUAAAAGAACGAUUCAGCAUCGAAAUAAGUACAGUUUAUUUGGAGUUAGUCGUGCCAUGUUAUCAAAUCGACUUUCAUUUCAAUUUGAUCUUACUGGACCAAGUAUUAGUAUUGACUCGGACACUUGUGACGGUGCUAGUGCAUUACACGAAGGUUAUAUGGCAAUUAAAGAUGGACGAGCCGAAAAUGCAAUAAUUGCAGCUAGUAACGUGAUACUAUAUCCAGAAACAUCUCUACACUUAAUUUUAUCAAGACUCCUAUCGCCCGAUGGAAAAACAAAAUCUUUCGACAAUUCAGCUGACGGUGUUGCCCGCAGUGAAUCAACAGUUGUUUUAUUGCUUCAAAAAACUUGCAAUGCAAAGCGUAUUUAUGCUGAAGUAAAAAGUAUAAGUACUUCUUUUGGAAAUGUGACAAACGAUGAAUUACAUUUUUAUCCUGAUCAUAAUUUUCAAGCACAUCUGAUGAGAAAAACUUUAAAAGAAUGUGGUAUUCUUGGUAAAGAUAUAUCAUUUGUUGAAGCUACAGGUUUAGGGUUGAAGAAUAUCGAUGCUGAAGAAGUAAAAGCAAUAGAUAAUGUUUACAAUGAGGGGCGAGAAACGACUCUUUUAAUUGGAUCUGUCAAAUCUAAUCUUGGAUAUUGUUCAGCAUCAAACCCACUUAACGGAGUUAUUAAGGUUUUUAAAUUUAGACAGCCUAAUUUUGUUUACGUCAAUUUUAUAAGAAAUUUUGUAAUAAACAUUACAUUAUUAAAUAGCAUUGAUAAAGUUAUCACAGCAAUGGAAUCGGGUUACAUACCACCAAAUCUUCAUUUUAACGAACCAUCUGACAAAAUUCCUGCACUUAACCAAAACCGAUGCCAAGUUUUAACGAAAUUAACUCCCUGGACUGGUGACUUCGCAGUCGUUAAUGCUCUAUCACUUGAAGGACCCAGUGGAAAUAUUAUAUUAAAAAGUUUCAAAAAGGAAAAGAAGAAUGAAGGAAAACCAGACGACAAUCUUCCAAGAUUAAUUAUAGGUUCUGGACGUACAGAAGAUUCUGUUAAUUUUCUCCUAAGCGAGUUAGAAAGUCAAACAGCCGACGUAGAAAUGAUUCAGCUUUUAUACGAUGUAUUUGAGACGGACGUAACAGCACAUUUAUAUCGAGGAUAUACAGUACUUCCUCCUCAAGGAUUGGUAGAAAAUAAAGCACGAGAGAUUCAAUUUAAUACUGGAAUGCAGAGGGAAAUUUGGUACAUGUUUUCCGGCAUGGGAUCACAAUGGGUUGGAAUGGGAGAAGCUCUUAUGAAAAUUCCCGUUUUUGCAAAAGCAAUAAAAAAAUGCGACCGUGUCUUAAAACCAAGAGGAAUAGAUAUUGUGGGCAUCAUUACAGAAAAGAAUUCAAACAUGUUUGAAAACAUAGUCAAUUCAUUUGUAGGAAUUGCUGCUAUUCAGGCAACAGAGCAAAUGGUUCUUUCUGCAUUAAGCAGAGGAUUAGCAUCAGUGGAAACGGAUUUGCUAAGAGGUUCUAUGGCAGCAGUUGGUCUUGGUUAUGAAGAAAUCAAAAAUCUCUGUCCACCUGACAUUGAUGUUGCUUAUCACAAUAGUGUAGGCAGUACCACUAUCAGUGGUCCCGAAGAAUCUAUGAAAUCAUUCAUAGCUCAUUUAACAGAAAAUAAAAUUUUUGCUAAAGAGGUGGCUUGUAGUAAUAUUGCCUACCACAGCCGAUAUAUUUCUCCAGCUGGCGAAAAAUUAAAAAAAUACCUACAAGAAAUAAUUCCGAAUCCUAAACCUAGAAGUGAUCGUUGGAUAAGUAGUUCGGUGCCACGUAACGAAUGGAAAACAGCUAGAGCACGACUGUCAUCUGCAGCAUAUCAUACGAACAACCUUCUAAAUCCUGUCUUGUUCGCUGAAAGUACAAAGCUUAUUCCAUCAAAUGCGAUCGUUAUUGAAAUAGCCCCUCACGGACUACUUCAGGCGAUCGUCAAGAAAUCAUUACCAAAAAAUGUUCUGAAUAUACCCUUAACAAGAAGAGGUCAUCUUGAUGGUGUUUCUUUUCUGUUAGAAGGUAUAGGAAAAACUUACAACACUGGCAUGAAUAUUAAAGUGUCAAAUCUUUAUCCAAGAAUCAGCUAUCCUGUAUCACGUGGAACGCCUUCAAUUUCAUCCCUAAUUCAGUGGAAUCACUCAGCAAAAGGGGUCACCAGUAAGGUUGAGGAAGUGAAUAAUGUAAAAAAAAGAGAGAUAAAAUUCAAAGUAGAUUUAAAAAAUACUGAGUGGAAUUAUUUAAAACACGCCAAGAUUGAAAGCAAAAUUGUGAUUCCAACAUCUCUCUAUUUAAAACUAGUUCUUGAUAUUGUACAAAAAUUUCAGGAUAAUACUGAAUUCUCUAUGAUAUACAAAAAUGUGGAAGUUUAUAAGCAACAAGUGGAGAUUUCUGUUGAUAAUAAUAUUGAAUUGGUAAUAAUGGUUCAAAAAGGCACUGGUUUCUUUGAAGUAACAAGUAUGGAAACUUUAUUAUGCUCCGGAAUAGUGAAUAUAAAUGUCGACCCUAAUCAGAAUUCCAUUAAUGUUUAUAAAGAGCACGAGACUAUUGAUAAAUAUGUAAACGAAAAUCAAGUUUACAAUGAAUUACAUAGAAGGGGUUUACAAUAUUCUGGCCCCUUCAGAACUAUUCAAAAAUCAUCAAUUGAUGGUAAUAGUGGAUGUCUAGUUUGGAAAGAUAAUUGGACUACAUUUUUAGAUGGAAUGAUUCAAAUGUAUAUCCUUGGAAGCAAAAUGAGAACGGCAGAAGUUCUGAUAAAGAUUAGAAACAUCUUUAUUGACAUUAAGCAUCAAGAAGAAAUUAUUAACAAGUCAAUGGAAAUUCCAGUAACAAUCCAUAGACGUUUAGGGAAUAUUAGUGCAGGAGGGGUGCAAAUGAUAGGGGUCGUUCUUGAAUCUAUUCUCAAUGAAUCUGGGCGACAGAACAUUGUAACCGAAGAAAUUUUCCCUAGUUCAAUUUUGGGAGAAUUUGAAUAUAUAUCACUAUCCUGUGAUCUUCAAAAAGUGUCGAAUUGGAAAGCAGGGCAGUUUAAAUGUUUUGACUUAAAUUCAAUUUCAUGGAUUGAAGACUUCCCAACAAAAGAUGUAAACAAAAUCAAAGUAGAAUACGCUACUAUUAAUCAAGGAGAUAUUUUGUCAGCAAAAACUAAUAAAUCAUUAGAAGAUCCUGUAAGUAAUAAACUCGAUAUUAAAUCUUUUGGGCAAGAAUAUUCUGGAAUUAAUUCACAAGGGAAUAGAGUAAUGGGAAUUGUUAAAAAUUCUGCACUAUCAAAUUACGUAACACCUGAUGAAGACUUCACAUGGAAAAUACCUGAGGAUUGGUCCUUGGAAGAUGCUGUGAGUGUACCUUUAGCAUAUGCAAAUGCAUAUUUAGCUUUGAUGAUAAAGGGACAACUUGAAGUUAAUCAAUCUGUUUUUGUCUAUACUUGCGAGUGUUCCAUUGGACAAGCCAUAAUUAAUUUAGCAUCCACUUUAACGUCACGAAUAUUUAUUCGACAUAAUAAUGAUGACGACAAAUUUAAUAUAAAUUUAAAUUUUCCUAAUAUUCCAGAAAGUAAUUUUAUAAGCCCAUCUUUCAGUUUCGCAGAUCAAAUAUUGAAAAAAACAGAAGGAAAAGGAGCGGACUUAGUAAUAUACAAUGGAGACGAUUUAAGCAAAAUAGAAACUUUCUUGAUGUCUGUGAAAAACAGUGGAAAAGUUGUUAUAAUAGGAAAUAUGAAUGAAACACUUAAUAGAACAGUAGGAAUGCAAAUUUUCCACAUAGAAGUUUUUCUAACUGCAAUCAUUCCAAACCACGUUAUAUUUCUUGAUAAAGAGAAGAAGAAAACAUUAUCACAAAUGAUUGAAAAUGGAAUAUCAUCGCAAAUUAUUAAACCAUUACCUAGAUGUGUUUACUCAAGGGACAUGCUCAAAGACGCUUUCAUUCAUGGAGCUUCAAAAAAAAUUUAUGGAAAAAUUUAUUUUAUUACAGAUGCUUGUCAAAGUACAACCAGAAGAUGGAAAAAUGUGGCUCUAUCAAUACCUCGCUUAUUGUGCAAAAGCGAAUCAUCCUACUUGAUAAUUGAUGGAUUGAGUGACUUCGGCUUGGAACUAGUUGACUAUUUAGUGAUUAGAGGUGCCAGGAGUAUUGUUAUAACUUCCAAAACAAAAAAUGUAGAUGCAUUCAGUAAUCACCGAAUAAGUUUGUUGAGAAGUUAUGGAGUUUUAAUUUCAAUUCAAGAAGAUCUGGAUCUCACAUGUCAUGAAAAUGUCAUCCAAUUCAAAAUAUUUGUUUACGAAAAAUCUUUUUGAGGAAUCUAAGCUAAUAUGUCCUAAUUUACGCAAAUUUAUUGUCUUUUUGACAAUGUAACCACAACAGAGAAAGUAUUAACGACAUUUUAUUAAGAGAAAUUAAUUUAACAACAAUUUUUCAACCAAAAGCAAAAGGCAUCACUGGGCUUUUGAUUCUUCUUGGGCCAGUUUUUGGAAUUGCAAAAGAAACAAUUGACAAGGAGAGAAAUGCACCUCUAUUGUCUAUUCCUAACAUUAUUGAACAAAUGGAAAUAGUUAUGGGAUCAAAAGCGUUAAUUGCUUCUAUCUGCCAUAAGCCAUUAGAAGACAAUUCAAAAGAGGUAAAAGAAGUGUUCGAGGACUUUAAGGAAACAGAAAAGUAUAAGUUUUAUAAAAAAAUUAAUGCAGUUCAACCAUUAACAAGCUUAUCAUGGUUUGAGAUUUUAGAGGACAAAUAAAUAUUUUUAUAGAAUGUAAAACUAAAAUAAAAAUAAAUAAAACUACCUACACAAAUCAUUUAUAAUUA